AUGGCAGCGCGGCUGCUCGCACCACCAGGCCCUGAUAGUUUCAAGCCUUUCACCCCUGAGUCACUGGCAAACAUCGAGAGGCGCAUUGCCGAGAGCAAGCUCAAGAAACCGCCAAAGGCCGAAGGCAGUCAUCGGGAAGACGAUGAGGACAGCAAGCCCAAGCCGAACAGUGACCUGGAAGCGGGGAAGAGUUUGCCUUUCAUCUAUGGGGACAUCCCGCAAGGCCUGGUUGCAGUUCCCCUGGAGGACUUUGACCCAUACUAUUUGACGCAGAAAACCUUUGUAGUAUUAAACAGAGGGAAAACUCUCUUCAGAUUCAGUGCCACGCCUGCCUUGUACAUUUUAAGUCCUUUUAACCUGAUAAGAAGAAUAGCUAUUAAAAUUUUGAUACAUUCAGUAUUUAGCAUGAUCAUUAUGUGCACUAUUUUGACCAACUGUGUAUUCAUGACUUUUAGUAACCCUCCUGAAUGGUCGAAGAAUGUGGAGUACACAUUCACAGGGAUUUAUACAUUUGAAUCACUAGUGAAAAUCAUUGCAAGAGGUUUCUGCAUAGAUGGCUUUACCUUUUUACGGGAUCCGUGGAACUGGUUAGAUUUCAGCGUCAUCAUGAUGGCGUAUAUAACAGAGUUUGUAAACCUAGGCAAUGUUUCAGCUCUACGCACUUUCAGGGUACUGAGGGCUUUGAAAACUAUUUCGGUAAUCCCAGGCCUGAAGACCAUUGUGGGUGCCCUAAUCCAGUCAGUGAAGAAGCUGUCAGACGUGAUGAUUCUGACAGUGUUCUGCCUGAGCGUUUUUGCCUUGAUUGGACUGCAGCUUUUCAUGGGAAACCUGCGAAACAAGUGUGUUGUGUGGCCCAUAAACUUCAAUGAGAGCUAUCUGGAAAAUGGCACCAGAGGCUUUGAUUGGGAAGAGUAUAUCAAUAAUAAAACAAAUUUUUACACGGUUCCUGGCAUGCUGGAACCUUUACUCUGUGGGAACAGUUCUGAUGCUGGACAAUGCCCAGAGGGGUACCAGUGUAUGAAAGCAGGAAGGAACCCCAACUACGGUUACACAAGCUUUGACACGUUCAGCUGGGCCUUCUUGGCAUUAUUUCGCCUUAUGACCCAGGACUACUGGGAAAAUUUGUAUCAGCUGACCCUGCGAGCUGCUGGGAAAACGUACAUGAUCUUCUUCGUCUUGGUCAUCUUUGUGGGUUCUUUCUAUCUGGUGAACUUGAUCUUGGCUGUGGUGGCCAUGGCUUAUGAAGAACAGAAUCAGGCAACCCUGGAGGAAGCAGAGCAAAAAGAGGCUGAAUUCAAAGCAAUGUUGGAGCAACUGAAAAAGCAACAGGAAGAGGCACAGGCGGCAGCGAUGGCCACCUCUGCCGGCACGGUCUCAGAAGAUGCCAUAGAGGAAGAAGGUGAAGAAGGGGUAGGCUCUCCUCGGAGCUCCUCUGAAGUAUCCAAACUCAGCUCCAAGAGCGCCAAAGAAAGACGUAACAGGAGAAAGAAGAGGAAGCAGAAGGAGCUCUCCGAAGGAGAGGAAAAAGGGGAUCCUGAAAAGGUCUUUAAGUCAGAGUCAGAAGACGGGAUGAGGAGGAAGGGCUUUCGGCUAAGGGGAAGUAGAGCUUGCUAUGAGAAGCGAAGCAGUGACCCAGUGCAGUCACUGCUCAGCAUCCCGGGCUCGCCGUUCCUCUCCCGCCACAACAGCAAAAGCAGCAUCUUCAGCUUCCGAGGGCCCGGGCGGUUCCGCGACCCGGGCUCGGAGAACGAGUUCGCGGACGACGAGCACAGCACGGUGGAGGAGAGCGAGGGCCGCCGGGACUCGCUCUUCAUCCCGAUCCGGGCCCGCGAGCGCCGCAGCAGCUACAGCGGCUACAGCGGCUACAGCCAGGGCAGCCGCUCGUCGCGCAUCUUCCCCAGCCUGCGGCGCAGCGUCAAGCGCAACAGCACGGUCGACUGCAACGGCGUGGUGUCCCUCAUCGGCGGCCCCGGCUCCCACAUCGGCGGGCGGCUCCUGCCAGAGGCUACAACUGAGGUGGAAAUUAAGAAGAAAGGCCCUGGAUCUCUCUUAGUUUCCAUGGACCAACUGGCCUCCUAUGGACGGAAGGACAGAAUCAACAGUAUAUUGAGUGUUGUUACAAAUACACUAGUAGAAGAACUGGAAGAGUCUCAGAGAAAGUGCCCACCGUGCUGGUAUAAAUUCGCCAAUACUUUCCUCAUCUGGGAGUGCCACCCCUACUGGAUAAAACUGAAAGAGAUUGUGAACUUGAUCGUUAUGGACCCUUUUGUGGACUUGGCCAUCACCAUCUGCAUUGUCCUGAAUACCCUGUUUAUGGCAAUGGAGCAUCAUCCUAUGACACCACAAUUUGAACACGUCUUGGCUGUAGGAAACCUGGUUUUCACUGGAAUUUUCACAGCGGAAAUGUUCCUGAAGCUCAUAGCCAUGGAUCCCUACUAUUAUUUCCAAGAAGGUUGGAACAUUUUUGACGGAUUUAUUGUGUCCCUCAGUUUAAUGGAACUGAGUCUAGCAGACGUGGAGGGGCUCUCGGUGCUGCGAUCUUUCCGAUUGCUCCGAGUGUUCAAACUGGCCAAAUCCUGGCCCACCCUGAACAUGCUGAUCAAGAUCAUUGGAAAUUCAGUGGGUGCCCUGGGCAACCUGACCCUGGUGCUGGCCAUCAUUGUCUUCAUCUUCGCCGUGGUGGGGAUGCAACUGUUUGGAAAGAGCUACAAAGAGUGUGUCUGCAAGAUCAACCAGGACUGUCAGCUCCCUCGCUGGCACAUGAAUGACUUUUUCCAUUCCUUCCUCAUUGUCUUUCGAGUGUUGUGCGGGGAGUGGAUCGAGACCAUGUGGGACUGCAUGGAAGUGGCAGGCCAGGCCAUGUGCCUGAUUGUCUUCAUGAUGGUCAUGGUUAUUGGCAACUUGGUGGUGCUGAACCUGUUUCUGGCCUUGCUCCUGAGCUCCUUCAGCGCAGACAAUCUGGCAGCCACAGACGACGAUGGGGAAAUGAACAACCUACAGAUCUCAGUAAUCCGGAUCAAGAAGGGGGUGGCUUGGGCCAAACUCAAAGUGCACGCCUUCAUGCAGGCCCACUUUAAGCAGCGUGAGGCCGAUGAAGUGAAGCCCCUGGACGAGCUGUAUGAAAAGAAGGCCAACUGCAUCGCCAACCACACCGGUGCAGACAUCCACCGGAAUGGUGACUUCCAGAAGAAUGGCAAUGGCACAACCAGUGGCAUUGGCAGCAGCGUGGAGAAGUAUAUCAUUGACGAGGACCACAUGUCCUUCAUCAACAAUCCCAACUUGACCGUGCGGGUGCCCAUUGCUGUGGGCGAGUCUGAUUUUGAGAACCUCAACACAGAGGAUGUGAGCAGCGAGUCGGAUCCUGAAGGCAGCAAAGAUAAACUGGAUGAUACCAGCUCCUCUGAAGGAAGCACCAUCGAUAUCAAACCUGAAGUAGAAGAAGUCCCAGUGGAACAGCCCGAGGAAUACUUGGAUCCAGACGCCUGCUUCACAGAAGGUUGCGUCCAACGAUUCAAAUGCUGCCAGGUCAACAUCGAAGAGGGGCUGGGCAAGUCUUGGUGGAUCCUGCGGAAAACCUGCUUUCUCAUUGUGGAGCACAACUGGUUUGAGACCUUCAUCAUCUUCAUGAUUCUGCUCAGCAGUGGUGCCCUGGCCUUCGAGGACAUCUACAUUGAGCAGAGAAAGACCAUCCGUACCAUCCUGGAGUAUGCCGACAAAGUCUUCACCUACAUCUUCAUCCUGGAGAUGUUGCUCAAGUGGACGGCCUACGGCUUCGUCAAGUUCUUCACCAACGCCUGGUGCUGGCUGGACUUCCUCAUCGUGGCUGUCUCUUUAGUCAGCCUUAUAGCUAAUGCCCUGGGCUACUCGGAACUAGGUGCCAUAAAGUCCCUUAGGACCCUAAGAGCUUUGAGACCCUUAAGAGCCUUAUCACGAUUUGAAGGGAUGAGGGUGGUGGUGAAUGCCUUGGUGGGCGCCAUCCCCUCCAUCAUGAAUGUGCUACUGGUGUGUCUCAUCUUCUGGCUGAUUUUCAGCAUCAUGGGAGUUAACCUGUUUGCGGGAAAGUAUCACUACUGCUUUAAUGAGACUUCUGAAAUCCGAUUUGAAAUUGAAGAGGUCAACAAUAAAACCGAUUGUGAAAAGCUCAUGGAGGGGAACAACACCGAAAUCAGGUGGAAGAACGUGAAGAUCAACUUCGACAACGUUGGGGCGGGAUAUCUGGCACUUCUUCAAGUGGCAACCUUCAAAGGCUGGAUGGACAUCAUGUAUGCAGCUGUAGACUCCCGAAAGCCUGACCAGCAGCCUAAGUAUGAGGACAACAUCUACAUGUACAUCUACUUUGUCAUCUUCAUCAUCUUCGGCUCCUUCUUCACCCUGAACCUGUUCAUUGGUGUCAUCAUUGAUAACUUCAAUCAACAAAAGAAAAAGUUUGGAGGUCAGGACAUCUUCAUGACUGAAGAACAGAAGAAGUACUACAAUGCCAUGAAAAAGCUGGGCUCAAAGAAACCACAGAAACCCAUUCCCCGCCCCCUGAACAAAAUCCAAGGUAUCAUCUUCGAUUUUGUCACCCAGCAAGCCUUCGAUAUUGUUAUCAUGAUGCUCAUCUGCCUUAACAUGGUGACAAUGAUGGUGGAGACAGAUACACAGAGCAAACAGAUGGAAAACAUUCUCUACUGGAUUAACCUGGUCUUCGUCAUCUUUUUCACCUGUGAGUGUGUGCUCAAAAUGUUUGCCUUGAGGCACUACUACUUCACCAUUGGCUGGAACAUCUUUGACUUUGUGGUAGUCAUUCUCUCCAUUGUGGGAAUGUUCCUGGCUGAUAUCAUUGAGAAAUACUUUGUGUCCCCAACCCUAUUCCGAGUCAUCCGGUUGGCCCGUAUUGGGCGCAUCUUGCGUCUGAUCAAAGGCGCCAAAGGGAUCCGUACCCUGCUCUUUGCCUUAAUGAUGUCUUUGCCUGCUCUGUUCAACAUUGGCCUUCUGCUCUUCCUGGUCAUGUUCAUCUUCUCCAUCUUUGGGAUGUCCAAUUUCGCAUACGUGAAGCACGAGGCCGGCAUCGACGACAUGUUCAACUUUGAGACAUUUGGCAACAGCAUGAUCUGCCUGUUUCAGAUCACGACGUCGGCCGGUUGGGAUGGCCUCCUGCUGCCCAUCCUGAACCGCCCCCCUGACUGCAGCCUGGAUAAGGAGCACCCGGGGAGUGGCUUCAAGGGAGACUGCGGGAACCCCUCGGUGGGCAUCUUCUUCUUCGUAAGCUACAUCAUCAUCUCCUUCCUGAUUGUUGUGAACAUGUACAUCGCCAUCAUCUUGGAGAACUUCAGUGUGGCCACAGAGGAGAGCGCGGACCCUCUGAGCGAGGACGACUUUGAGACCUUCUACGAGAUCUGGGAGAAGUUUGACCCCGACGCCACCCAGUUCAUCGAGUACUGUAAGCUGGCAGACUUUGCAGACGCCUUGGAGCACCCUCUCCGAGUGCCCAAGCCGAACACCAUCGAGCUCAUUGCCAUGGAUCUGCCGAUGGUCAGCGGGGAUCGCAUCCACUGCUUGGACAUCCUUUUUGCCUUCACCAAGCGGGUCCUGGGGGACAGCGGGGAGUUGGACAUCCUCCGGCAGCAGAUGGAGGAGCGGUUCGUGGCAUCCAAUCCUUCCAAAGUGUCUUACGAGCCCAUCACGACCACACUGCGGCGCAAGCAGGAGGAGGUGUCGGCGGUGGUCCUGCAGCGCGCCUACCGGGGACAUUUAGCAAGACGGGGUUUCGUUUGCAAAAAGACCACUUCCAAUAAGCUGGAGAACGGAGGCACACACCGGGAGAAAAAAGAGAGCACCCCGUCCACAGCCUCCCUCCCGUCCUAUGACAGUGUAACGAAACCCGAGAAGGAGAAGCAACAACGGGCAGAGGAAGGAAGAAGGGAAAGAGCCAAAAGACAAAAAGAGGUCAGAGAAUCCAAGUGUUAGAGGAAAGCAAAAAUUAAACAUUGUACAGAUGUAAAACUUGCAAGCGAAAGAUUGUUUACAAACUUCCUGAGUAUUAUCAAUGCAGGACAGCUGUGGAGACACUUUAACCCGAAGAUCUAUACCAAACGUAGUCGGCUUACCAUGUAACACGGUUGCAUCUUGAGCAGUGACCUGCCGAGGGCAAAGGACCCUGCUCCCUGGACUCACAGAUUUUCUAAUGCUUGGGCAGGUGGUUACUGCAUGUUCCACAUCAGUCAAUGCAACUUAGGACAAAACCAACAGGAUACGAAAACCAGAGGAGAGGCUGCCGGGACCAGCAUAUUUCCGUUGCAGCCAAAUGGAUUUUAUUUUUUCAUUUUGGUGAUUCUCAGAAGCGGAAAGCAUCACUUUAAAAGUUUGUUUGUUCGUGCAAACUGUAUUUGCAUUCUUACAUUAGUUAAGCUAAGCAGCACACAGGAAACACACACACACACACACACACACACACACACACACUCCCAUCUAGCCCGUGUCAUUUAAUUGUCCGUUUCUUUGACAUAAACCGCAUCUUCUCCACAUGGCUUCACGUGGUUUGGAGAUGGGUGGGGGAAAACAAUCAGGUUUCUUCAGGCUGAGGAGGACUUGCUCAGGCCGAUUCCAAACAUUGUGCUCGUUCACUGCGUAGAAAUGAUUUGCAUGAUGGCAUGCCGUGAUCAGAAGUCAUGCAUGAGAACCAUACACCACAGGACACUACUAACCCUGUCCCCUGCCCUGGGUCAGCCUUUGGACAGGACCCAGCCCUGCACCGUUCACUGUAUUCGGAGAACAAAAUGGUAAGCGUUCCAUUCCACUGCAAUUCCUUACGAAUUCGUAGAAGUCUUUCAUACAUCUUCUGGGUAGGGAAACACAACCAACCGAUUGGCCCCACCACCACUACCAACAGAAAACAGACCCAGUCCAACAAGCAGAUGGAUCCGUUGUGUGUAUAUGUUUAACAGACAUCUCUAACAUACAGCCAUUGUUGCCCAUUUUGAAAGACGAACUAUUUAAUGCUGCUCGGUGUCCCGUCCACGGGGAAACUUCGAUCUCGAAUGGCUUUGUAUUAAUAAUGUCACUGUAAAACCAAAUCCUAGGGCUAAAAACAAAAAUCAAAACAACAACAACAACAACAACAAAACCCAGUUCAUUUGUAUUGCAAUAUUUAUGAUGAUUGUUUAGCCUUCAUGCUGGAGAACUGACACUUGUUUGGGGCCGAGGUACAAGCGCUGUUCAAAGUGGCAUGGCAUCUCUAGGGGGUAAUUUGGGGAACUUAAGCUUUCACGGGGGGGUCUGGGGUGCUCGCUUCAGGUAGUAUCACGUCCUGCUGCACUGUGGCUCUCUCCGGGCUUGGGUCCAGCCGGAGAGGGGUUCGGAUAUCCUGAACGG